AUGUCCCUGGUUGAGGCCAUCAGUCUCUGGAAUGAAGGUGUGCUGGCGGCAGACAAGAAGGACUGGAAGGGCGCGCUGGGCGCCUUCGCUGCCGUCCAGGACCCCCACUCCAGGAUUUGCUUCAAUAUUGGCUGCAUGCACACGAUUCUUGAAAAUAUGCCUGAGGCAGAGAAGGCCUUUACCCAAAGCAUUAACCGAGACAAGCACUUGGCGGUGGCUUACUUUCAACGAGGGAUGCUCUACUACCGGAGAGAGAAAUAUGAUUCAGCUAUUAAAGAUCUAAAAGAGGCCUUGACACAGCUUCGAGGGAAUCAGCUGAUAGACUACAAGAUCCUGGGGCUGCAAUUCAAGCUGUUUGCAUGUGAGGUGUUAUAUAACAUUGCUUUCAUGUAUGCCAAGAAGGAGGAAUGGAAAAAAGCUGAAGAACAUUUAGCAUUAGCUAUGAGCAUGAAGUCUGAGCCUAGACAUUCCAAAAUCGAUAAAGCCAUGGAAUGUGUCUGGAAGCAGAAGCUGUACGAGCCAGUGGUGAUCCCCGUGGGCAGGCUAUUUCGACCAAAUGAGAGACAAGUGGCUCAGCUAGCCAAGAAGGAUUACCUGGGCAAGGCCACGGUGGUGGCAUCUGUGGUGGAUCAAGACAGUUUCUCUGGAUUUGCCCCUUUGCAGCCACAGGCAGCUGAGCCCCCACCCAGACCCAAAACCCCAGAGAUUUUCAGGGCUCUGGAAGGAGAAGCUCACCGUGUGCUGUUUGGGUUUGUGCCUGAGACAUCAGAAGAGCUCCAGGUCAUGCCAGGGAACAUUGUUUUUGUUUUGAAGAAAGGCAAUGAUAACUGGGCCACGGUCAUGUUUAAUGGGCAGAAGGGGCUUGUUCCUUGCAACUACCUUGAACCUGUUGAGCUAAGGAUCCAUCCUCAGCAGCAGCCCCAGGAGGAAACCUUUCCAGAGCCCGACAUCCCUGCUCCUCCCAGUUCCAGUGCUCCAGGAAGACCCCAGUUGUCACCAGGUCAGAAAAAAAAGCAAGAGUUGAAGGAAGUGAAGCUCAGUGUGCCCAUGCCCUACACCCUCAAGGUGCACUACAAGUACACGGUCGUCAUGGAGACGCAGCCUGGGCUGCCCUACAGCCAGGUACUGGACAUGGUGUCCAAGAAACUGGCACUCCUGCCAGAACAUACGAGGCUGAGCUUCCGACCAAGAGACAGCAAUGAACUGGUGCUCCUUUCAGAAACUAGCAUGAAGGCUGCCUGGGACCAAGUGAAAAACUACUGCCUGACUCUGUGGUGUGAAAAUACAGUGGGUGACCAGGGCUUUCCAGAUGAACCCUUAGAAAAGAAAAAUUCUGAUUCUGAUAACCAGACAACAGAACCUCAGUUUAAGGAAGGGAGCCAUGUAAUUGCACUCUUCAAUUAUGAGGCUAGUCAACCAGAGGACCUGGAGUUUCUGGAAGGGGAUGUAAUCCUGGUAUUAUCUGAAGUGAAUGACGAAUGGCUCGAAGGCGAGUGCAAAGGAAAGGUUGGCAUUUUCCCCAAAGCUUUUGUUGAAGAGCAUGCAACACCCAGCGAGGUAUAG